CUCAUCACUAACACUGUCGCUACUAACUUAAUCUUGGUGAAUAAAGAGCUCUGGCUGUCGACGCGGUCGUCGCUUCAUCGCACGCAUGAGAGCUUAGGAAAGACGAUGACGGACGGCAAGAAGAAGCAGGGGGAGAUGGCAGUGAUGGGGGAUGUGGUCAUCCUCCUCUGCAUUCUGCUAUCAGUUGGCUCCCAGCUGGUGGGGAUGCUGGUGCCGGGCUGGUGGGUCUACCCGGCCAACGACAGUGGCUCCAUCAACGCCAGCACCACGACCUACGGCUUGUGGGUGACGGUCAUUUGCGUGGAGGGCGACUGCAACGAGAUUCCGACAGACACAUCGGGAUCAAACGCCUGGUUGCAAGUAACUCAGGUGUUUGAGAGUGUGGCCGUUGGCUUCUGCCUGCUGGCGGCAGCCUGUCUCGUGGUGACCAACCUGAGAAGCGAGUUAGAACUCUUCCUUCUGCUUCGCCGCCUUUCUGUCUUCCUCCUCGCGGCUUCAGCAACUUCUGUCUUGAUCGGGAUGGCUGUGUUUCUGAAGAAGUCUUCAGGUCUAGCUCGCUACCCGCUGCGCAGCACCUUUGUUGGUCGUCUGGAGUGGCCCAUCGCAUUCUCCAUCGUGUCGGCCUGUCUGACUGUCUUCGUGGCGUCAUCAUCGGCGACAAGCUUCGCCGGCAACACCAGGAGGACCUCACUGUCCGCCCAGUGCCGUAGUGGUGUCAACCUCGCAUGCAACACAUUCUCAAACAACGAUGGGAUCAUUCUGCCAUGGAUUGUUUGUGCUAGAGCAUCAACAGCCUCUUCAAGACAGAUGAUGACUAAAAGCUUUGGAGCUUUCUCCGCCUAA